AUGUCGAAAAUCUGGAUGAAAGAUGAUACAGACCCGGUUUUAUCGACCGUGAUAUCGCUAGAAGAUAAAGUUAUCCACGUGAAUGAAAAGGAUCUUGACGACGCCGCAAAAUACACAGGCCUCGCAGAAGACUACACCUUAGAUCCUCAAUAUGAAAAGAAGUUCGUCAGAAAAAUCGACUUGUAUAUCUUACCAAUAGUUGCAACUUUGAUGUCCUGUCAGCUUAUGGACAAGACCACAAACUCCUAUGCGGCAGUCAUGGGGCUCCGAACAGAUCUUCAUAUGAGCUCAAAAGAGUAUAGUUGGGUCGGAUCAUCUUUUUAUCUUGGCUAUUUGGUUUUUGAAUAUCCAGCUGGGCUGGCCUUACAAAAACUUCCUUUGUCAAAAACUUUAUCAGCGGCAGUGGUUACCUGGGGCGCUGUGCUAAUGUGCCACGCUGCAUGCCAGUCUGCAGCAACGUUCCUUCUCUGUCGUACACUUCUAGGAGUAUUUGAAGGAUUUAUGAAUCCAGCAUACAUCUUGCUCACCUCCCAAUGGUACAAGAAGGAGGAACAAUUUAUGAGGACUUGUGUUUGGUACGGCUCCCAAGGAUUGGGAACUUUACUUGGUGCAGCAAUUGCUUACGGGCUUAAAGUUCACAGAGACGGAGAACACUCGUUUGCCACAUGGAGAUUGUUCUACAUAAUUACUGGCCUGAUCACAAUUUUCCUUGGAGUUGUCUCUAUGCUUCAUAUUCCAGACCUUCCAGUGGAAGCUUGGUUCUUGAAUGAAGAGGACAAACGAUGUUGUGUUGAAAGAGCUCGGCACAAUCAACAAGGUUUUGGAAACCACCGAUUGAAAAUGCCUCAAUUAAAGGAAGCCGCUCUUGAUCCCACAACGUACCUAAUUUUUAUCUAUGCCAUGACUUACGCUAUUCCAAAUGGUGGCGUCAACAAUUUCGGAACGAUAUUACUUAACUCAGACUUCGGAUUCAGCACGACCGACUCAAUACUGAUGAACAUGCCUGGUGGAGGCAUCGAUGUUAUCAUCCCUCCUUUAGUGGCUAUCAUCAACCAUAAGUUCUUGAAGGACAAGCGACUCAUCUCUAUGAUACUGAUUAACCUUCUUUGCGUGCUUGGUACCUGUCUUCUUAUCUUUACAGGCCCUAGGGGUUCUAGACUCGCGGGAUACUAUAUGAUAUAUACGUCAACCACUUGUAUGGCGGGAAUAGCGUCUAUUGUUUCAUCCAAUGUGGCUGGCCACUCGAAAAAAGUUGCUGUCAGUACUGUUUUUCUCAUUGGAUACUGUGCUGGGAAUAUGAUUGGGCCCCAGACAUUUGUUGAGGCUCAGGCUCCAAAUUAUAUUGGUGCUAAGACCGCAAUGCUCGUGUGUUACUCUGUUGGAGCAUUCGCUAUGGCGGCUAUGUACGUGAUUUACUACGCGAGAAAUCGCAAGCGUGGAGAACUAUCAGCUGAAAGUGGUGAUCUUGCUUUUGCGGAUCUGACGGACAAGCAAAAUCCAGAUUUCAGAUACGAACUUUAA